UGAAGACCAGCAUAACCUCGGAAUUAUUGAUCGAUGGAGUGCAACGUUCCACUCACCACGUGGAUCUAUCAGUCCAAAGUUUAUAAACAAUUUCAAUAAAAAUUUUGUGUUACUUUGUGUUUUGAUGAGUGAGUAAAUCAUUAUGAGUGGAGAAUUCCAGAGUUUCGAGGAUUUGAAGCUCAACUCUUGGAUAAUAAAGCAGCUAGCAACAAUAGGAGUAAAAAAACCCACACCAAUCCAGCAGAAUUGCAUCCCAAGAAUUUUAUCCGGUGAUGAUUGCAUUGGAUGUGCUAAAACCGGUAGUGGAAAAACACUGGCUUUCGCAUUGCCCAUUCUCCAAAAAUUGUGCGAAGAUCCUUACGGAAUUUUUGCACUGGUCCUCACGCCAACUCGAGAGCUGGCAUUUCAGAUAGCUGAACAAUUUUCAGCGAUAGGUAACGCAAUAAACCUGAAGAGAUGCGUGGUGGUAGGUGGAAUGGAUAUGAUGGUUCAGGCCCAGGAGCUUGCAAAACGUCCUCACGUGGUGGUGGCAACACCAGGACGUCUUGCAGAUCACCUCGAGAGCUGUGACACGUUCACCCUCGACAGGAUAAAAUUCCUGGUGUUGGACGAGGCUGACAGACUUCUCGGUGGCCACUUCGACGAGCAGAUAGCCACGAUAUUCAAGGCUCUGCCCAAACAGAAGCAGUCACUGCUGUUUAGUGCUACGAUAACUGACACUCUCGAGCAGGUGAAGAGGAUCGCUACCAACAAGGUAUUCGAGUACGAGGCACAGGACGAUUCUGGCACUGCCACCGUCAAGGAAUUGGAUCAGAGGUAUGUCUUGUGCCCCAAUGACGUCAAGGACGCCUUCCUGGUGGAAGUUAUCAGGACGUUUAGAGAAGGAAAUCAUAAUGGAUCAAUUAUGGUAUUCACUGAUACCUGCAAAUCCUGUCAGCUGCUCUCGAUGACACUUAAUGAAGUGGGUUUCGAGAACGUGGCCCUCCACGCGAUGAUAAAACAAAGAGAGCGUCUGGCUGCCCUGAAUAAAUUCAAAUCGAAUCACACGAAAAUUCUGAUAGCCACGGACGUGGCUGCCAGAGGACUGGACAUUCCCUUCGUCGAGCUCGUCCUCAACCACACAAUUCCCAACGUCCCCAAGGAGUACAUCCACCGAGUGGGUAGGACAGCCAGGGCGGGACGUGGUGGAAUGGCCAUAAGUCUCAUCACCCCUCACGACAUCAAGCUACUGCAUGCUAUCGAAGAGAACAUUGGAACGAAAUUAUCUGAGUUCAAAGUUGAUGAUAAAGAAAUCGUUACGAUAUUUACACAGAUAUCAGUGACAAAGCGCGAAGCGGAAAUUAAACUGGAUGAGACUGAUUUUUACGAGAAGAAAAUGAUUAAUAAACGAAAGAAAUGGAUUCUUGAGGGGAAAGACCCGGAUGAAAUCGAGGAGCUUCUUGCGUCACAGAAGAAGAAGCAGAGGAAACGAGAGAAGAGGAAAAAAUCAGAAAUUAAUAAACCCGAAGAGGAAGAGAAAAUCGAGAAUUAAUG